AUGUCAAACCUGAAAACCUUGAAUGAGAGAACUAGCAAAGCUGAAAAAGAUACUAAAGCUAUUGAGGAAGAAAUUGACAAACUUGAUAAAGAUGAUUUAAGUCAUGUUGCAGAUCCACGCUUAGAAAAACUUUUAUCGGAGAACGAAAAACUUAAACAUCGCUUAGCGAUACUUGAGAAUGCUAUCAAAGCAGAAAGCGCUAACCAGGGAUCAAAAAUAUCAAGAAAAAGACCUAAUUUAAUCACAGAUAUUAAUUCAAUUGAAGGUACGGUAUGCAUAUUAGAUGAACUUAAAAACGUCUUUGAAAUAGCAAUCACUUCUGCAUACCCUGAUUUAGAUGACCCACCAUUAGUAAUUACACUUUCUGGCAAUAACCCUAAGUUCGGAGACUAUCAGUGUAAUUCGGCAAUGCCUAUCUCUCAGCUGCUUAAAGCUAAAAAUGUGAAAACAAAUCCUAGGGAAGUAGCUAAUAACAUUCUUAAUAAGAUGCCAUUGUCACCUCUUAUAGAGAGAAUUGAAGUGGCUGGUGCAGGAUUUUUAAAUAUUUAUUUACAUAAGGCAUUUGCUGAGCAUGUGUUGAACUGCAUACUUCAAUUAGGUGUAAAACCCCCUCCGGUUAAAAAAGAAAAAGUAAUUGUUGAUUUUUCUUCACCAAAUAUUGCUAAAGAAAUGCAUGUAGGUCACUUAAGGUCUACGAUCAUAGGUGAUAGCAUAUGUCGUGUGUUAGAAUUUUUAAAUCACGAUGUUUUGAGAUUGAAUCAUUUAGGUGAUUGGGGUACCCAAUUUGGAAUGUUAAUUGCUCAUUUACAAGAAAAGUUUCCUGAUUACAAGACUCAUUCACCACCUAUUUCUGAUUUACAAGCCUUUUAUAAGGAAUCUAAAAAAAGGUUUGAUGAAGAUGAAGAAUUUAAAAAGAGAGCUUAUUCUUGUGUAGUGCAGUUGCAAUCCGGCCAACCUGAUUUUAUUGCAGCUUGGAAACUUAUCUGUGAAGUGUCCCGUAGAGAAUUUCAGAAGAUUUAUGAUCGUCUUAACAUAAAUAUAAUAGAUAGAGGAGAGUCAUUCUAUCAGAGUAGGAUGGAUGCUGUAGUGAAAGAAUUAAAAGAAAAAGGUUUUCUUGAAGAAGAUGAAGGAAGGUUGAUUAUGUGGGGAAAUCCUGAAAGUCAUGAAGGUAUACCGUUGACUGUUGUUAAAUCAGAUGGAGGCUAUACAUAUGAUACUUCAGACUUAACAGCAAUUAAACAAAGAGUAGAGGAGGAAAAAGGAGAUAGAUUUAUUUAUGUAACAGAUGCUGGUCAAUAUACCCACUUCAUGACAAUUGAUGCCUGUGCUAGACGAGCUGGAAUUCUUAAAAAUGGACAGAAAGUAGAACAUGUUGGUUUUGGUGUAGUGCUUGGAGAAGAUAAGAAAAAGUUUAAAACGCGAUCUGGCGACACUGUAAAGCUAAUUGAAUUGCUUGAUGAAGGGCUAAAGAGGGCACUUGACAAAUUAGUAGAAAAAGGUAGAGACAAAGUUCUCACACCUGAAGAAUUAAAAAAAGCUCAAGAAGCUGUUGCCUAUGGAUGUAUUAAGUAUGCUGAUUUGUCACAUAAUAGAAUUAAUGAUUAUGUCUUCUCAUUUGACAAAAUGUUGGAUGAUAAAGGUAAUACAGCAGUUUAUUUAUUAUAUGCUUUAACUCGUAUUAGAUCUAUUGCGAGAACUGCACAGAUUUCAGAAAGCAAAUUGUUAGAGGAAGCUAAAAAAUCAGGCUUUAAACUUGCUCAUGAAUCUGAAUGGAAACUAGGCAAAGUACUUUUAAGGUUUCCGGAAAUUAUUCUUAAAGUUGCAAAUGAUUUAUACUUGCAUAGCCUGUGUGAAUAUUUAUAUGAAAUUUCUUCAACCUUUACUGAAUUCUAUGACAAGUGCUACUGUGUUGAAAAGGAUAAAGAUGGACAAAUUGUCAAUAUUUUCUAUGAAAGGCUCAUGCUCUGUGAAGUAACAGCUAGAAUUAUGGAAAAAUGUCUAGAUAUUUUAGGUAUUAAAACUGUUUCAAAAAUGUAA